CACCUCGCCCCGCCCACUCCACGCAGCACCUCGGGAAGACUACAAGUCCCAGAGGGCCUCUCGCGCACCCGGCCACGUGCUUCCUCCGCCCGCCAAUGGGUAGAAGCGCCGCGUGCGCCUACUCCCGCCUCCCGAGCAACCUCGAGCCAAUCGGAAGGGGUGGUGUGUAUGCGAGGGCAAGUGGGGAGGGGGGCUCAGCUCAGGACCGGGAGGCCCUACUCGCAGGUCCCGGGGUCCCGGUGGCGGACGGAGCGCUUGGUCCGCAGGCAGCGGGCGGGUGUCACCCCUCCCGCCCCAACCCCGCGCGUGCGCGCCCCGGCCUCUGCCUCCCUGCCACUGUCCUCGGCUCCCGCGCGGCAGCGGCGGUUCCUCUCCCCUCCCCCAGCCCUGGCUCCGGGGGACCCCGCGAUGCCGGUCCGCACAGAGUGUACCCCGCCGGCCGGUGCCUUGGCUGCUUCCGCGGCCUCGCUCAUCCCGCCGCCGCCCAUCAACACCCAGCAGCCCGGCGUGGCCACCAGCCUGCUCUACAGCGGCUCCAAGUUCCGCGGCCACCAGAAGAGCAAGGGGAACUCGUACGACGUAGAGGUGGUGCUGCAGCAUGUGGACACGGGGAACUCUUACCUUUGUGGGUACCUGAAGAUUAAAGGCCUUACUGAGGAGUAUCCAACCCUUACGACCUUCUUUGAAGGAGAAAUAAUCAGCAAAAAACACCCUUUCUUAACUCGAAAAUGGGAUGCAGAUGAAGAUGUUGAUCGAAAACACUGGGGAAAGUUUCUGGCUUUUUAUCAGUAUGCAAAAUCAUUUAAUUCAGAUGACUUUGACUACGAAGAGCUGAAGAGCGGGGACUAUGUCUUCAUGAGGUGGAAGGAACAGUUCCUGGUCCCAGACCACACAAUCAAAGACAUCAGCGGUGCUUCCUUUGCCGGGUUCUACUACAUCUGCUUCCAGAAGUCAGCAGCUUCCAUCGAGGGCUACUACUACCACAGGAGUUCAGAAUGGUAUCAGUCACUCAACCUAACUCAUGUUCCUGAACACAGUGCACCCAUCUAUGAGUUCCGGUGACAGCGGUUCAGAACAGCAACCAAAUAAAACUGAACUUGGCAAAAAAAGAACUUUGCCAAGAAAAUUGUGUAUCUGCCAGAAGCAGGAGAACAUGUGUUCCUGUUUCUUCAUGAGCAGACUCGCAUCAGAAGCAUGAAUGUUAGCCCACAGAAUCCAAGGAGCAUGGCUGACCAGCAGGGCAGGUGGGGGGAGUGGUCUCGGUUCUUCCUCCUUCUCCCUGGCGGUCUGUCUUAAUUUGUUUUCAAGCUACCUUAAAUGCACUUUCCUCCUUGCACAGCUAACUUCUGUAUCGCUGAAAUGCCCACUCCUGCCUCCAGCUGACUAGAGAGGGUCAUUGCCCCAUCCUGCCCUGUCAUCCUCAGCCUUGGUGCUCAGUGGUCCUCACCUAGGCACCCCCCACCCACAGUUGCUUAGUCUGGUAGCUCAAGAGAAGGCAGAGCCCGACCACACGUGCCCCCUGAAGCUCUGUGCAGGGAGUUGGCAAGCUGCAGCAACAAUCGCCAGUGAAAUGCCAGGUGGAGGCUGAUUGCUUAACAGGGUCCCCACCACCACCUAGCCCUGCAGUGCGCACGCCAAGCUAAUCAGUAGCUGGCAGGUUCCCUGGGCUUGCCAUCAGGGAUCACUAAAUUUAAGGCUUCCAGAUCCCUGGCAGGAACAGAGCUAAUCCUGCUUACUCAGCAUGUUUGCUCCAAACUUUUGAACUUGAGGGCAAUACUAAACUUUAAAAAAAAAGUUUUUUUAUUACAAAAUUAUUUUUAUGGUCCCUUUAACAAGGACCCUAUGGCAAAUGCACAAUUAUUCAGAAUUACAUUUUAUCGUUUUCACAUUGAAAACAGCAAAUGUUGACUUAGUAAUUUUUAUACCUAUAUCUAUAUGUCAAUGUAUAUUUAAUCACCCAGCAGUUUGAAACUAGUCAUCCUAGUAGAAAAGCUCUGCGGCAUUGCAUAAAUUCUAGUGCUAAAUGCGAGGACUGUUUUGGGGCCGGUUUAGCAUUUGUACCUCCUCCUUUUGCUAUUCAGAAUGGCAGUGCUUUGUGGCAGCCUUUUCCAUCAGGCAGAAGGGGCCAUCAUUCUCCCAAAGUGACUGAGAUGUUGGGAUGAGGGAGGGGCGGGAACAUGAACACGCUCAAAUAACUCAAGGCUCAUGUGCCAAAGUGUGUGUGUGUGUGUGUGUGUGUGUGUGUGGUUUUUCUGUUUUUCUUUUGUUUUUUUUUAGUGUUUUAAAAGCUUAAUAGGUUGUCACCAGUUGUAGCCCACAGAUACGGGCAGGGUUUUGGGGACUUGGCAUUUUUUGGUGGUUUACAGGACUUUCUCAGCAUGCAAGAAGGAAGCUUUAACAACAAAAUAGCAUCAUAAACCACAGGAGCAAAGCAAGCCAGAGUUCCAUACCCACGGGCAGUGUGAGAAAGCACACGGCCCUGCAUUGAGAUGAAUGGUGGGGAAAAAUUUAUUCUUAAGAAAUGACUUUCCUUUGAACAACAUACAUACUGUGUGUUACUGAAAUUGAAUUUUAGGGGAAGCCUUAAAAAGGAGCAGUGUUUGGGGAGGAAGUCAGUGGGCACUGUGACCCCAGAGAUAUAUAGUCCAAGGCUUUGUACAGAGGUGUGACCAACCCUCUAGUAAAGGCCAGCCCUCACUGUCCCAGUGACCGCAGUGGGAAAGUGACUCAUGUCCAUUCUGAGAGAUGAGUCAGAAAUGAUUUCAUGAUUUUAAAACUCCAAAAGGCAACAGAGUGGCUGACUCUGGUCAAAGCCAGCUGCUUUCCAAGUAAUGAGACACCACUCACUGUGGCUCCAGCUGGCGGGUGUCACAUAAGAGCAAGGGAGACGGCGGGACUAUGCUGGCUGGCUCUCCAGCACAGCCUUCCCGUUUCACAUCAGUGCGGCUCUCGGCAGGCCCCCAGACAACACCAGGAGUUUCCCCCAGUGCUUGCAGGGCCUUGUGUGCUUGGCUCUGAGAGGUCUGUAAGCGUGUCAGCUGGGCAGAGGAAGACGUUGGCCAACAUUGCUGGGAUGAGGUAGCCAGGUGGGUCAGCUUCCAUUCCUUCCCUUUUUACUGGGUAAUGAAGUGCACCAGUGGGGGAAAAAGAAGAAAUGGCACCUCUUCUAGAUCUUUCAGACACAUCUGUGGUAAUUUGUUCGCCUAGAAAUCUGCUUAUUGCAGACAGGGAAGGGAUUAUUUUCCACCUCCUCUUAGUAAUUCCCAAUUGACAUUGACUCCUUUUCUUUCUCUCAGUUCCUGAAGGAACUUUGGAGAUCAUCCCAUCUGUGGUCUUUCCUGAAUCUUCUCAGUGGUUUACAUGCCUCUGGUACUAUGUGCAAUAUUUUUAGUUGACACUUGUAUUCAUCAUUAAGAAAUCAGUGCAGGUUGCAGAUUUUCUGUUGUCUUCCUCCACCCCAAACAAACCUGCCAUGGGAUGCUAAGGAUUUGACUGUUCUUACCCCACCACUCAGAAAGCUUCCAUUCUGCGGUCCUGUUUGCUGGAAUUGCCCCUUCCCACCAACCCUUAUAAACUUGACAGCAUUUCAGCUGCAGCCCAAAAGCAACUAAGCAAUGCCAGAUAUGAAGCAGGAAGUCCACCUGUGUGCUGGUUCUGUUGGUGAUGUGGAAGUCACAAACUCCAGGGGAGCAAAGGGGCUUUUCAAUGUCUUUUGCUUUCACAAACAGGGAAUUUAUAUUCUAAGGCCUUGAAUUGAUUUUUUUUUCCUCAUUAAAUAGUCUGAUAAGCUAAUUUUUAAAAAGAAUUGCCAUUAAGUAUGUUGCAUUGUGGUUUAAAAUUACUAACAACUUCUGGGAAAGAAAAAUACUUGAUUUUGAAUCUUACAUGUUUUUAAGAAUUAGAUUUGAAUGGGCGCAAAGUACAAAUAAUUUUGUUUCUUUAGGGAGGACAUGUGGAAAGAGUUUUAGGAUUUGGGAUGGGAGAAGUAUUUUGCAGAGCUAUCAAUGUCCAAAUAAUUAAAAAAUAAUAAUAAAGGUAUUUAAGCAGUGA